AUGGUGCUCAUCCACUGCAAGUACAAGGGCGAGGAGCAGCAGUUCCUCUACGAGACCACCGUCGAGAUCGGCGUCAAGGAUCUGAUCAAGGAGCUCGUCGAGGUGCACAACCUCCGCCUGAGGAUCCAGCGAAUCAAGUCCGAGGGCGACGACCUCGCGACCCACGGCCCGUGCAAGCCCCCCGACAAGCAAGGGCUCGACGAGGACAUCCAGGCGGAGGCGGACGGCGUCGAGCUCCCGCCGCGCGGUCCAACCUACUGCAAGGACCCCAUCGGCAAGCGCACGGGCGACGCGCCCGUCCCGCAGGCGCAGGCCACCCUGCGCAAGGCUCUGGACGACGCCGCGGCCGCGGCGUCCAAGAAGCAGGUGGAGGCGAAGCAUCCGCUCACGAAGAGGGAACUCAUGGAGCACAUCGACCUCAUCCGCGGCGCCGUCAUGAUCGCCUACCCGAUGGGCCUUCCCGAGUACGACCCGGUGCGCAUAGACAUCGAGGAGGACGAGAAGCCCUCGGAGACGCCGAUUGGCAUCGACAUCCUCGACGAAACCGCGCAACUCUGGUGGGCGGGGAAGCAGAUGCUGCCCGGGAACAAGCUCAGCGUUCACGUGGGCAGGAACGAGAAGACGAAGGUGGUGGCGAAGCUGACGAAGAAGGGCGCGGGCGCGCCCCAGCGCGAGAACCCGAUCACCCCGGAGGAGCACAAAGCCAUGCUCGCGUACUAUCACAAGAGGCAGGAGGAGAUGAAGCACCUCGAGCAAAACGACGAGGACGACUACACCAACAGCGCGUGGGCCAACUCGAGGGCGCUGAAGAACCACUUCUCCGGGGUU